CCUAUUCUACUUGUUGACGAAUGAAUAUCAUAGGAAGAUGAUUGGCCAAUGAGGAUUGGAAGAGUGUAAUACAACCACGGAAUAUCGUGAAGUUUGAAAAUAAUCGUGAGCUGGAUGGCCUAUGCUGUGAACAUUGAGGAAGUGAAGCCAGAAAGCUCAGUGGCAGACGAACCAAUUAUGUCUAAGAAGCUUAUUUUUUGUUGUGUUGGCAUAUUUGUAUGCUACUUUUACUAUGGGAUUUUACAAGAAAAAAUAACAAGAGUACCUUAUGGCGAACAGAAAGAGAAGUUUACGUAUCCUACAACAUUAGUGUUUUGUCAGUGUAUAGUAAAUGCCAUUUUUGCAUAUGGAAUUAUUCAGAUGUACCAUGGUGAUGUAGAGGAUAAAACUUCAAAAGUGUUAUACUUUCUUUGUGCCCUUACAUACCUGGGUGCCAUGUUAGCUAGCAAUACAGCUCUUCAGUAUAUCAAUUACCCAACUCAGGUCCUUGGAAAAUCCUGCAAGCCCAUUCCUGUGAUGGUUCUAGGAGCUAUUCUAGCCAAGAAAAGAUAUCCUCUCGUGAAGUACCUCAGCGUUCUGCUCAUUGUGCUGGGGGUAGCACUUUUUCUUUACAAGGAUAAGAAAACUACUGUCAAAAGUGAACAAAAAUAUGGUUUUGGAGAGCUACUUUUGAUCGUUUCAUUGACAAUGGAUGGUUUAACUGGUGCGAUUCAAGAAAAAAUGAGAGCUAAGGCGACGACAAAUUCCCAUCAUAUGAUGUUCGCUGUUAACAUGUGGUCUAUCCUUGUACUUGGUUGCACAAUUGUAGCAACUGGUGAAGUAUGGAGAUUUAUCGACUUUUGUACUCGAUAUCCGUAUGUUUGGAAGAACAUGCUUGCGUUUUCAAUAAUGAGCGCUCUUGGUCAGAAUUUCAUUUUUAUGACUGUAUCAAAUUUUGGACCGCUUCCCUGCUCCAUAGCAACAACAACAAGAAAAUUCUUCACAAUCCUUUUCUCUGUCAUCUUCUUUGGAAAUUCGUUAAUCACAAGACAGUGGUAUGCUGUUGCUGUUGUCUUUCUUGGACUCGGUCUAGAUGCAUACUUUGGUAAAUCAAGUAGAAAAUAGCUUAACCUUUGUAUUGAAUAUAGUGAAUUUAGAAUAUCGGGUGUAGAUGUUUCUACAAUUUUAUGGCAAAUAGAUAUUGUUUGUUAUAACCUUGAUUUCCAGUGUGUACUCAAUUUCCACAAAACUUAUAGAUGAUAAUAUUUUGUUUCUAAUUAGAUGGAUUUCAGAUUAAAAGCAAUGAUUUUUUCAACGAAAAUUUCAUGCUAUGAAAUUUUACAGUUAUAAUACGGUCCAUAGAAUACUUAUUGUAAAUCUUUUUGGCCAUGAAUGGCUUGGUGGUUGACAUAACUUGGUGUCAAGCCUAAAUCGUCCUUCCAUCAUUUAGAAUUUUCUUGUUUUCUCAUUUUCCUUUUCCAAAAUGUAAAUUCGAAUUUUCUCCCAAAAUGUUCACUGAUAAAAUGUUCAAAAAUGUUUCGAGAACCAAUACUGAUCUUGCCCUGUUAGGGCCUUUUUACUUGUUUUCUUGAUACAACCACUUCCCAACUGCCGUUCCCUAUAGCAAUAUCAAUAGACUAGGCAAACUACAUACAAUUCGCGAAAAAGGAUUUUGUAAUGUCUUGCGCUUCAUUUGAGUUUUCUAAACUUGUGAACGAAACCUCUGAAAGAAAAAAAGGGACAGUGUAUCGCAGACAUUGACCGUUGGUGUUUCAAGCUCUUUUGGCUAAUUGCUAAAGAGCAGCAAAAUUGUUCUUACAAUAUUUUAAUAGGAACACUUUUAGACCUUUUUCAAUCUUUAAAGCUGUAUGCUUUUAGAUUUAUUUUUGCCUUAGCUGGCCAUCAUAUUCUUUAAAAAAUCAUCCCUGCAAACAUUUAGCUUCCUGUACCUAGUGUAAUAAAUUUCAUUCACAGAGUUGCAAUUUUCUUGACACUUAGCAAAAGUAGUUACUGAGAGAUGAUAUUUAUUUUGCGGUUCUUUAGCAAUAAGCAUUUAAUUGCUAUUAAUUGCUAGUUUUCUUCCAUUAAGAUUGCCUAUAUUGUAGGAAAUGUUGAA